AUGAAUAAUUACGAAAUUGGCAUACAAAGAUUUAUUGAAAAAAUAAGAGAACAAAUAAGAUUAAAAGAAAAAGAAUAUUUAUCAAUUGAAAAGGCUCUUAUUCGCAAAAUUGUUCAUAAAUCACCUUAACCAGCAAGGACUCUUGAAUUACGACCCAAUCACUUUUUAGAUGUCUCAAUAAAACCUAAGCAUGUGAAACCUAAAUCAAACCCAAAUAAUUAAAAAUCUUUCGAUGAAAUAGAACCAGAUGUUUUACCCUAUUUGUUGUAGCCUUUAUAAACAUAAAAUCACACCAUUAAUAAAAGAAUAUCCCUAAAAAUUCCUACAACUAUUCCUGAAUCAUCCAAAAAACAAGAAAGGAUUGAAAACCUACAACUUCGAAGAUUUUUAAGAAAUUGUACCCCAAAAAAAUGGACUGUCGAGAGUUCAGAUGAAGUUUAAAUUUGA